CGAAUCAGAGCUUCACGUUCCCAUGAAUCUCUUCUGACAACGCCAGCCAGUAUGAAUUCUAUGGAUAUGUCGUCACCAGAUAUUGGUAUUAAACCUCUACACAGCAGCGUACUGGGCCAGGAUCAUUGUUUUCAAGUCUCCACACAUCAUGGCAGUAAAUUUAUUUCUUGUCGAACUGCAGAGGAACGAGAUAAAUGGCUUGACAGUUUAAGGAAAACAGCAAAACCAAAUCAAGAACAUUGUAGAAGAACAGAUAAUUCUUUAAAAUUAUGGGUAGUUGAAGCUAAGAAUGUCACACCAAAGAAAAGAUAUUUUUGUGAGAUAUAUCUAGAUAAAACAUUAUACGCUAGAACAUCCAUUAAGAUGAAGUCAGACAUGUUAUUCUGGGGUGAACAUUUUGAAUUUAAUAACCUGCCACCAGUAGAUGUGAUCACGGUGAAUUUAUUCCGAGAAGCUGAUCGGAAGAAGAAAAAAGAUAAAAACACAUUGCUAGGUUAUAUUAAUAUACCAAUAUCAGAAAUUGGUAACAGACAAUAUGUAGAGAAGUGGUAUACAGCUGCAUCUGGUACAGUUGGUAAGGCAGGAAAAGAUUCCAAGAAUGAUCUACCAAUAAUUCGACUUAAAGCUCGCUAUCAGACUGUCCAUAUAUUACCUAUCAAUCUCUACUCAGAGUUUAUACAGUAUUUAAAGAGUGAUUAUUGUAAACUAUGUGAAAGUAUUGAACCAUUAGUUAAUGUAAGAGAUAAAGAAGAUAUAGCCAUUACUUUAAUUAACAUAAUGCAGAAACUAGGCAUGGCUCAAACUUUUCUUUCUGAUGUUGUGAUGGCAGAAAUAGGCAGAUUAGACAAUGAACACCUGACGUUCCGAGGUAACAGUAUGGCUACUAAAGCUAUGGAAGCCUACAUGAAACUAGUGGGAGAAAAGUACCUCCAUGAUACUAUUGGGGACUACGUGCGUAAUCUAAUAGAAUGUCAGGAUGAUUGUGAAGUAGACCCAACUAAAGUUAACAAUGUCACGACCUUACAGUGUCACCAGAAAAAUCUAGAAAUGUAUUGUCAAAUGGCUUGGGCUAAAAUUAUGAAUUCUUAUUGCUAUUUCCCAAGUGAAUUAAGAGAAGUCUUUUCAAGUUUCCGAGAUCGUUGUAUUAAACGUGGUAAAGAAGACAUGUCUGAUAAUCUGAUCAGUGGCUCCAUCUUUCUACGAUUUCUCUGUCCGGCCAUUUUAUCUCCUAGUCUCUUUAACCUCACACAAGAAUAUCCUCAAGAAAAAGCUGCCAGAAAUCUAACAUUAAUUGCUAAAACAAUUCAAACACUAGCAAAUUUUACCAAAUUUGGAGGUGGUAAAGAGGAAUAUAUGACGUUUUUAAACAGUUUUGUGGAACGUGAAUCCAACAGUAUGCACAACUUUCUUCACCAAAUCUCUACUAUAGAGACAGGCAACCAGUUUUUAUCUUUUGAUGGUUAUAUUGAUAUGGGAAGAGAAGUGUCUAUUUUACACUCCAUGUUACAAGAAAAUUUUGACAAGGCACCAGAGGAGUCACUGAAAAAAUUAUCCAAGUUACAAACAAUUUUAUCAAAAAUCAGUGAUGCUAUAGACAAUCCUUCUGUUGACGAACAUCCAAUAUUUCAACAACAUCGUCGUGAGUCACAAAAUGGGACAUCAGAAGAAUCAAACAGUGAUAGUAGUGCUAAGCCUUUCAAACAUCCACGAAAACUAGACCCUCAUUUUAACCAAUCACAGGAAAAACCACAAGUGAAAACUCGCGUUAGUGAAGUGUCAAAUGUUUCGGCAAGAUCUAAACGAGUUAAUGAGGACCGAGUAAAUCAAUCAUGGAACCAUAUAGUCAGUGCAGCUGAAAAUGUUAAAAAUGGAGAAUAUUUGGAUUUAAUUCCAUUUAUGGAUGAAGAUGCUCAAAAUUCUUCCAUGGAAAUGGAACAUAAUGCUCACGGUAGUCAAAUGUCAAUUAGUCAAAUCUCCACAGUGGCUUCAUCAGGUUAUCAAUCAUUUGGUUACAGCCAAUCAAAUUCUCCCAUUGAAGCCAAUGGACUUCAUCAUGAACAUGUGCGUGAGAUUUCAAAAUCUCCAAUAGUUCAGUAUCCUAUGCAACCUCUUCAAUUUUCUAAUCCUUUGUACUCUCAUCAGUUAGCCAACUCUAGUCGUGGUACAACACCAUCUUCUUUAAUUCAUCAGGCUUCCAGUGACAGUUCUUUAAAUAGUGCUGAUGAAGCCAGUACAGUCAAACAUCGUAGCCCUGUGAAAAAUGACAGAGUUAAAUCUGAAGAUCCGCUACGAAAGUUGUCUCAAUUGUCCAGUUCUAGUAGUUGUGAAUCUUUAAAUGAAAGACCAGUGUACAAUGGCUCCCAAUCUAGUUCUAACAAUUCAGUGAAGUUUUCUCUUGGACCUCGAAGUUCUAGUCCUGUUCACUCACACAGUGGUCCCCGUGUUCAUCGCUUGAAUUCGUAUUCCUACGACACAAUGCCUAAUGAACGCUCAGCAAAUGUACGACCUUAUCAAUUGUCUCAGAGUAUGGACUUUGGAUGUUUAUCAAAGCAAAAAUAUUCAGACAAUUUAAGACGUACAGCAACAGACUCUGUUAUAUCUCAGACCAGUACACCAGUUGCUUUAAGAUCAAAUAGUUCUCAAUCUCUUGGACACAGUCGGGAGGAUAUUCUAUCCCAUAGUUCACGUAGACUCUCUCCUCUCAGUUCAGUUCAUAUGGGAAUUAGUUCAUAUGAACAAGAAGUUCACCUACUACGUCAACAAUUGGCAGAAGCUCAGGUUGUUUUAAACCAAGCUGAAGUUAGACUGUCAGAACAUGAGUUAACAACAACACAAGUAGCUCGGGAAUGGCAGAGUAGAUUAAUGGAAAGUGAAGAAAGAAUGAGACAACAACAAGCUGAGAAAGAUAAUCAGAUGAAAUCCAUUAUUCAAAGAUUAGUUUUAAUUGAAGAUGAAUUAAAGAAAGAACAAUUGGAGAUGCAGAAAGUCGUUCAUGAGAAACAGGAAGUGAUAGAAGCACAGGAGCGCAGAAUAAUGACUGUAGAUGCAGCAAACGCCAAGUUACUACAAGCUUUAAAUGAACUGAAGGAACGAUAUGCUGUUACUCAACAGAGAAAUGGAAUAUUACAGUCACCCAGACCUAAAGUUACUGCCACAGAAUUGGGUGGGUUCAAAAGCAGUUCAUGUUGA